AUGUCUCUUCUCUUCGAUCCUGACAAUAAGCCCAGGCUGGUUUUAACGGCCUUGUGGAACGCAGCACACGAAAAGGGUGCGGGCGAACCAGAAGCUUUAUCAUUCUGGCAGCACUUACUUGCGAAGCAUGAGUUCCAGGAAGACUACUUCAUCAUUGACGCCGAACUCAGACCUGAACCGGGAAGCCGUCGCCGCGUCGACCGUGGUAUUCGGUAUAUGACCACAAACCACCAGCUCGUGGUGCUCACCUUUAUCGAAGCGAAAGGCCUUGCCUCAGAUGGUGCAAAAAAGGAAGCUGAGAGACAGGCUCUUCAGGACUGCAAGGACUAUAUCCGAAGCCAUUCAUGGCAGGAUCAGAUAUAUGCACUAACUAUACUGAGGACAGCAGCAAAGGCAUGGAUAUAUAAUUCGGAAGGAUUUAAUCCCUUGCAUGAUGAUCACUAUAUUGAAGCGAAUUCUAGUGAGGGCAAGCAACUCAGAAAAGCUUUUGAGAGAAUGAAGUCGUUUCCCCCAGCGAAGAUUGCUGGCGCUCCAGACCUCCAUGUUGCAGCUCGACCAACCUUCCCACAGCCGACAACUUCCAGCACAAGCUACGCUAACCCCAUUUUCCCACGAAAUGAGACAUCCAACGCUUACAGACAAACCACGACAACCGCGUAUGGAAAUCCGGUCUCCUUUGGGGCCCCAACACCUCAGGCCUAUGGAUAUAGCCCUCAUCAAGCAACUACAAGUGAAAGCGUAAAGCCCUGGGAAGGAUUCUCACACGUUGUUGCAAAAAAAAACAAGACGCCGGGAAAAAAUGGAAUUCUUUAUAAGGCACAAGGAGUUUGGGUCGAAGCCAAUGACUGUCGGUCUGGUGAAGAGGACGGUAAAAGGGUGAUCUACUCCAAAGAAAAGAGAAUAUGGGCAUUUGUUGAUGAAGUAAACAAGUAUCGAGAUAGGUGA